AGGCUGAAGACUGAGUCCUUUGCGAAUUUGAUGUUAAAACCAAUUGGUAAGAAGGGAAAUGAAAAGUGGAGAUAGGAGAAAGUUACAGAGAGAUAUCAUUAUCUUGUUAUGGAUUUCAUCACUCUGUUUCUUGUUGUCUCUGUAUUCUUCACUGCUUCAGCUCAACAAAUGGAGUCUAAUGUGAGCCGAGGCUCUUCUCUAACACCCACCACAAACUCAACGUGGUUGUCACAUUCUGGUCUCUAUGCCUUUGGAUUUUACAAGCAAGGCGAUGGCUACUCUGUUGGGAUUUUUAUUGCCGGAAUUCCUGAGAAGACCGUUGUCUGGACUGCGAACCGUGAUGACCCACCAGUCACCAGCAAUGCUACGUUGAGUUUCGCAAGCGAUGGCAGGCUUGUCCUUGAAUUGGCACUAGGGCAGGUAACCGUCGUGGCUGAUUCUUCUGGGUCUGCUUCCGCUUCCAUGCUUAACUCGGGCAAUUUUGUCAUCUACAAUUCAGAUCGAAAAAUAAGAUGGAAGAGUUUUGAGCACCCGACUGAUACAAUUCUACCCAGUCAACGUCUCUUUGCAGGUAAAGAGCUGUUUUCUAGUAUUUCAGAAACCGAUCACUCAAAGGGUAUCUUCCGCCUGAAGAUGCAAAAUGAUGGAAACCUUGUUCAGUACCCAGUGGAUACUCCAGACACAGCACAAAAUGCUUACUUUGCUACUAGUGUAGGUGGCCUUGGAGAUAACGUGACGCUAAACAUGGAUGCUGAUGGCUAUCUCUACUUGCUAAACGCUACUGGUUUCAACAUUGGGAAUCUAACGCAGGGAGGAUUUCCUACAGCAGAAACAAUUUACCUCGCGAGACUUGAUGCUGAUGGGAUAUUCCGGCUGUACUCACAUCAUCUGAUACUGAACGAAAACUGGUCAAUUGCAUGGUCAUCUUCAAAUGAUCUGUGCAAUGUUAAGGGUGUUUGCGGAUUAAAUGGUCUUUGCAUUUUAAAUGAUCUAAAGGCUGAAUGUUUAUGUCUUCCAGGAUUCGAAAUGGUACAACAGGGCAACUGGACUGCAGGCUGCCAGAGGAAUUUCACUGCAGAAAGUUGCAAAAGCAAACUCAUGCAAGAAGUGCCUAACACCAUAUGGGAAGAUGUUUCAUAUUCUGCCUUGACAGUGCCAUUCAAAGAUUCUUGCAAACAAGCCUGUUUGGAGGACUGUAACUGUGAAGCUGCGCUAUUCAAAGACAGGACGUGCCAAAAACAAAGGUUUCCAUUGAGAUAUGGGAGAAGGCAACUGACUGAUUCAUACAUUGCUUUCAUCAAGGUAAGUAUGUCUACACAGACUACAUACACCACUCCAAAUGGAAAUAAGCACAAAGAAAACAAGCAAGAGUUUCGAGUGGACAUCCUAAUUAUUUGUGCUUCAUUUGUUGCUUUCGGAUGCAUGAUGUUGGCAAUUUCCGGAAUUGUGUUUUACAAAAGUCAUUUCCGGUAUAGAAAACUCUCUUGUGAUGGAAUUGUUGAACUCAGUGAUGAAUUUGCCCCACGACCGUUCACUUAUUCUGAACUUCAGCAAGUGACGGGUGGUUUUAGGGAAGAGGUUGGUAGAGGAUCAUUUGGGGCAGUUUAUAAAGGGGUAAUAUCGAAUGGCCAGAAGGUUGUAGCUGUCAAAAGACUAGAGAAGGCGUUGGCUGAAGGGGAAAGAGAGUUUCAGACUGAGAUGAAAGUUAUUGGGAGAACGCAUCACAGAAACCUUGUUCGUCUGCUCGGGUAUUGCCAUGACGGAAUUCAUAGGCUUUUGGUUUAUGAGUACAUGAGCAAUGGGUCACUUGCAGAUGCACUCUUUACACCAGAAAAACGACCUUGUUGGGAUGAAAGAAUGGGGAUUGCUCGCAACAUAGCAAGAGGAAUUCUUUAUCUCCAUGAAGAGUGUGAGCAACAAAUCAUUCACUGUGAUAUAAAACCUCAGAACAUCCUUAUGGAUGAGCACAGAUGUGCAAAAAUCUCUGACUUUGGAUUAGCAAAGCUCCUGAAGCAAGACCAAACCAGAACCUUUACCGGCAUUAGAGGGACAAGGGGGUAUGUUGCUCCAGAGUGGCACCGGAAACUACCCAUCACAGUGAAAGCAGAUGUUUACAGUUACGGUAUUGUGCUAUUGGAGAUCAUAUGUUGUCGAAAGUGUGUGGAUUGGAAUCUACCAGAGAAAGAAGCUGUUCUUGAAGAAUGGGCCUACCAUUGUUUUGAAGCUGGCGACCUUGAUAAAUUACUUGGGGAUGAAGAGGUUGACCAAAAACAGGUGGAGAGAAUGGUUAAAUUAGGACUUUGGUGCGUUCAGUAUGAACCAUCACUCCGGCUGUCAAUGAAGAAUGUUCUACUUAUGUUGGAAGAGAUUGUUGAUAUUCCAAUCCCUCCUAGGUCUGACUCUUUCCUAAAUGCAAUAUAG